AUGGGUUAUAAAGCCUUAUUGAUCAUCAUUUUAAUAUCUCAACUACUCUCAUUCCAUGCAACAUUCGCUGACACCUUCGAAGAAUGUGAUAAUGCGGAAGAAGGAACAUUCGUAAAAAGCACACAAAGCUGCCAAACUUACAUAUAUUGCGACGGUGACAAUUCCUACUCUGGCGAUUGUGAUGAAGGUCAAUACUUCGAUGGUGAAUCGUGUGAUGAUGCAGAAAAUGUAUAUUGUGCUCUGGAUGUUCCAGAAGAUCCAGAGCAGCCAGCGGUAUCUGAAGAUCCUGAUGAGCCCGUACCGCCAGCCACAUCUACUCCGAAACCUACAACAACUACGAGGCUGCCACAAGCAACUACCAUACCAACUACCACUAUCAUCACCACCACCACCACCACCAGUUCCGAGAGCAUAAAUACGCUGGAACCGCACGCCAUUCUACCAGUAGUGAGAGAUCAAUGUCCAGCUAGCGAUGAUCCUGAACAGCUUGUUCUUCUGACGAAUGCCCAAUCGUGCACAGACUAUUUUCUUUGCUAUCACGGGCACCCGAUUGAAAUGCGUUGUACCGACAAUUUACACUUCAAUAUAUAUACAGCUAAAUGUGAUUUCCCCGAAAAUGUACAAUGCAUGCUCGACCGACCAAAUGCGAAUAAAUGCUUACCACAUGUCACUGACUUUUUUCCGCAUUCGCAGAAUUGUAACUAUUUCUAUUACUGCAUCAGGGGCUUUCUUACUCUGCAGCAGUGCCCAUUUUACUAUGGCUGGGACAUUGAACGUCGCGCAUGCGUACUAAUUAAACAGGCGAAAUGUUUUGAAGGAUCCAAGCGAACGUACAUAAAUAAGUAAGGUACAGGCGUGAAUGGAACUGUAUCAGAAC